UAUUACAAUCUCCCAAAAUUGAUCGUUCCUGAAUAUGAUAUACAUCCAAUGAUUCUUUGAUUUUCUCAAUACAUUACCGCUGUAUUUUAACACCGCACUGGCGUGUGGGUUGGAAAAUCGUACUUGUGGUACCAUUUAUAAUGGCGACUGCCCCCAGAAGGAAAAACGACCAAGGCGGAGUCAUUGGUGCUAGCUCCUCGCAGGACCUCGUCACCGACCAGAACUCCGGUCGCCGCCAAGAGCAGAAGGUCUACACCUUCAGUGACCGCCCCCCGCAGCCGAAGCCGCCGGGACAAGCAGCAGUCCAGGCAAAGACCGAUGACAAGUCCAAGCCUCAAAAAACCAUCCUUGAGGAGCACGGCAUCAUACUCGGCAAAGUAAUUGGUACAGGAAACUAUGCCAAGGUAAAGAUUGGGUUUUCGGAGGAGUACGGUAAACGGGUUGCUGUCAAAAUCAUCUCAAAGGUAAAGGCUCCCUCCGAGUAUACUCAGAAGUUUCUGCCUCGAGAGAUCGAGGCCGUAAAGGGAUUGCAUCAUGAAAAUUUAAUAACCUUCUACCAGAGCAUCGAGACCAGCCAUAGGGUGUACCUGAUUAUGCAGCUGGCUGAGAAUGGAACACUUCUAGAUUAUGUUCGUGAGCGGAAGUUCCUGGAUGAGCCGCAGUCGCGGACUCUUUUUAAGCAGCUGGUGAGUGCUGUGGAGUACAUCCAUAGCAAGGGAGUGGUGCACCGGGACAUAAAGUGUGAAAAUCUGCUGCUGGAUGAAAACUGGAACUUGAAGCUCAUCGACUUCGGGUUCGCGCGCAAGGAUACUCGAACCUCGGAUAACCAAGUAAUUCUCUCGAAAACCUUUUGCGGCAGCUACGCCUACGCCAGUCCAGAGAUUCUGAAGGGCGUGGCUUACGACCCGUUUAUGUCUGACAUCUGGGCCUGCGGCGUUGUAUGCUACGCUAUGGUCUUUGGGCGCCUUCCCUAUGACGGCUCAAAUGUCCACAUACUUCUCAAGCGCAUCAAUCAAUCGCUGGUAUUCCCAAAAUCCCCGUCAGCAUCAAGCGAGUGCAAGCACAUGAUCAUGCACAUUCUGGCGCCCGUUAAGAUCCGGUACAAUAUUCCGCAGGUCAAGGAGGACCCUUGGUAUUCGCUUAAGUAAAUAUUUGAAACUGGAGGGUUUAUGAUUCAUUGUAAACGUUAAACUGAGUAGCUGUACUAUCACUCAAAUUAAUCAAUUGCUUUUCAAUUUGAGUAAAUGAAUGAACAAAAUGGUACUUUCUUCAUGCUUAUAAAAUUUUUGUUAUAUCAAAAUGAUAUUAAUAUAAAUAAAUCCGAUAAU